ACUCCAGCGUCAUUGAACCUGAUGUGCGUAUCCCCCUUCCAUCAUCACAAUCAACCUUCAAUUUGACUCUUGUCUCUCCUCUCUGCUCUUUAAACUUUGUUUUCCUCUUUCCCGCUAAUCUCUCUCACCCCCCGCACCACUACAGAACUUCAGCGACAAUGACUCCACCUAUCCCGGCUCGUAAGUUCCUACCCGCGACCUACCCGACGUCUGGUUCCAACGGUUCGCGCUGACCGCAAUCCAGGCUGGGCGAUGCCAGCUACACCACCAGCAUCACGUCCAGUGCGAUGAACUAUGCAUAUGAGGUAUAGGAAUCCGUCUCGCAUCCACCCUCCGAGCCUUGGCUAAGUGUCGCAGAACGGUCGCAGAUACCAUUCCUAUCACGAGGGAGAAUACGUCCUGGUAUGCCCAUUCGAUCGACCGUGUCCCCAUCGCCCCUACUGAUCUCACAGCCCAAUGAUGAACAAGAACAAGAUCGUCUCGACCUGGUUAGUGGCGCAGCGCAUUCUGAGACCGACGGGCGAGUCCAGGGUUGACCGGAACAGAGCCACCACAUCUAUCGCAUGCUCUUCAAGGGAGAGCUGAACCGAGCGCCGAUUAAGAAUCCCGCGCGCGUACUAGACAUUGGAACUGGCACGGGAAUCUGGGCGAUUGACUAUGCCGACGAGCAUCCCGAGGCAGAAGUGAUCGGAAACGAUCUCAGCCCCAUUCAACCGUCCUGGAUUCCGCCGAAUUGCCGAUUCGAAGUCGAUGAUUUUGAGCAACCAUGGUCCUACAGCAAGCCGUUCGAUUAUAUUCACGGUCGGGAGUUGGAGGGCUGCGUUCGCGAUGUCGACAACCUCUUUCGGCAAGCACUCGAGAAUCUGAAGCCCGGGGGAUGGAUGGAAAUCGCCUCGAUGGAGGUCAACACAUACUCGGAUGACGAUACACAUUUGCGGGCCAAGAAUCUACUGGAGGGUAUAGUGUAUAUGCAUGACUGCGCUCGGGAGUAUGGAAAGGACAUGGCCAGUGUGCACACCUGGAAGGAAAAGAUGGAAAAGGCCGGUUUUGUCAAUGUCCGGGAAGAGAUCUUCAAGCUCCCCCAAAGCCCCUGGCCCAAGGACCCCAAGAUGAAAGAUCUCGGUCGCUAUCACCAAGUCAACAUGUUCGAGGCGCUUGGCCCAUACUGCUACGCGCUGUUCACGCGCGUGAUGGGUUGGGAACGAACGGAGAUCGAAGUGUUUGUGGCAGGCAUGAAACAGGAGUUGCGCGACUUGAAUAACCACUUGUACACGAAAGUGCACAUCGUGUAUGGACAAAAGCCGGAAUGACAUAGCGUGUGAGAAUCUCUGUUUUGUGUCUGGUGUCGGCUGUUUUGGAUAUCGGGGCUUUUCUCCUUGAUCAUGUGAUAUGAGCCCAUUCAUUAAGCGUCUUUCCACGUCAUGUCCAGUACUUAUUAUCAUAAUGCUUGUUGAAUACGAUGUAGGGGAACCUACAAUGACCUAUACUCUCUGCUUGAUUGUUCAGGAAACAUCACGAUGAUGAUUAUACCCUAUCUGAUUGAACAAGUUAUUUUUAGAUAUAUUUAUAAGUACUACUAAGUAGUAGGGCAAUGUAGCACACAUUGAUACUAGUUAUACCACCCUUCCUAUUCAGCGUUGAAUAUCAC